AUGAGCCUCCAUCCUGAUUGGUCAGCGGGGGCACAAGGAACCCGACAAAAACGGCCAUUCUGCCCCACGGAAAAGGCUCUGGAAGCUGAAAUUGAUAAAUCAAAGAAAAACCUCGCAGAACAUGGCCGAAAAUUACAAAAAAUGAUUGACAUUGUUUUGAAAAGUGAGAAAGGUCCAGACAAAACUAUUAUCGAGUCGCUAAAGGAGAGGGUCGAGAUUUAUCGUGAAGCACUCAUUCAUCUCACUGAGCUUUAUGGAAAAGAUAAGUGGGGGAACCUAAAAGAGAACCUGGAAGACGAGUAUGAGCUUCUUGGAAAAGCGAGAGCAAUUCUGCAAAAACAACCAGUCAAUCUAGCACCAACUUUCACUAGCCAGCGCUCGCCUAAACGUUCCCCCAGUCGUCUGAACAUCGUCGAGCCUGAAAAAGCACCAAGCUUCAUUAGUCAACGAUCGCUCACACGCUCUCGCGCCUCGCAAAUGUCGUCAUCAAGUUCAAGUAGCUCGAGAAGAAAAGCAAUUGCCGAGCUUGCUGCUGCUCAAAAGCAAGCCGAGUACGACCGGCUGAUCGCAGAAAAGGAGAACCAAAGGAGAAUGCGCGAAGCAGAUGAAAGGAGACGGAGAGAAGAAGAGGAGGCUAAACAUGAGCUCGACAUAGCGCUCCUCGCAGCAGAUCGCGCAAAAGCAAUAGCUAGCGCUCGACUCGAUGCAAUCGAAAAGUGCCUUAACGAAGAAGAGGAAGAACAAGCUAGAACAGGCUUGGACGACCUUCUGGUUGAACUCGACGAACGACCCCGUACCGACCCUCAAGAAAAAGUUAUCGCCUGGAUGGAUGAUAGAAAGCCGUUAGCAGCAUCCACACCGGCACCCAAACAAGACUAUACUCUGGAAAUGCUGGAGACAUUUACGACCACCAACCAGCGACUUGUCUCAGGUCUCACGAAGCAAAGCCUACCGAAGUGUCGCCCCGAUGUGUUCGAUGGCGAAGUUACUCUCUUCCACCCCUGGAAGAGGGCCUUCAAGGCCAUGAUGGAUGACGCUGACGUCACCCCAGCUCAAGAAAUGAACUACUUGCGAAGCUUCACAAAAGGGGAUGUGCAGACGCUAGUAGACAAUUACCGCAAAAGACAUCACACCGACCAAGCCGCAGUACUCAGCGAGCUCUGGAAAGAAUUAGAGCGGAGAUUUGGAAACACGGCAGCCAUAACGAACUCGCUUCUCCAGCGCCUCAAGGAAAAGGCCUCCUUCACUGAAAAAGACUUCGAAAGCCUACAAACGUUUGCCGACCUCUGCAUGGACAUUUCUAGCCAACUGGACUACCUACCUGGUCUGUUGUGCUUAAGUUACCCUAACGUCAUGCGGCCUAUCGUCGAAAAACUGCCUAGUUUCCUACGAUCGAGAUGGGAGAAAGAUAUCGUUGAUUAUGCGGAUAGACACGACGGUAGUUACCCCGGCUUCAAAGAGUUCGCUUCAAUGGUCCGUCGGCAAGCCGAGAAAAAGAACCACCCCAAUGUUAARGCCAGUGGAGUGCAGAGUUAUGAUAACGCCGAAAGACCCGGAAGAAGAGUCAACAGAGACCAACCCAACGUGAAACGCGUUUUAAAGACAACUAAGCAAACAGAGCAGAGUUACUGCAAGUUCCACAACCGUUCAGGCCACACCUUAGUUGACUGCAAGGCCUUCAACGAGAAGACUCUUGAGGAGAAGAACGCUUGGAUACUCGAGCAAAAACUGUGUUUUCGCUGUUUUGAAUCCGGUCACAUUUCUAAAAACUGCAAAGAAAGCAUCGUUUGCGCAAAGUGCGACAGCAAACUGCAUCCAACUACGCUCCACAAAGACAAAGAGAAGGACGUCAAGACAGCCUGCACUUCGGUGUGCCAGGUGGGAGGGAUGUCGUGCGCAAAGAUUGUCCUCGUCGACGUCUUCUCUUCAAAUGAUCCUGAAAACUGUCAACGCGUCUACGCAAUCAUAGAUGAUCAAAGCAACGCUUCCAUGAUCUCGCCUCAACUCGCAGACAAGCUUAAGGUCAAAGGUCCUGCUGAAAAGUACUUUCUCUCAACCUGCAGUGGAGAAAAGAUGGAGAAGCACGGACGGAGAGCGAGCGGUAUUUCUAUAAGAUCCCAUAGCAGGACAUUUAAGCUUCCUACUCUCGUCGAAUGCCAUCAAAUCCCACAAGACAAAAGCGAAAUCCCAACUCCGGAAAUUGCUAAGCGCUUCGAGCACCUGAAAAGCAUCGCCUCGGAAAUACCUCCACUUGAUCAGCAUGCAAAGGUCCACUUGCUCAUUGUAAGAGAUGCACCAGAGCUUCUUAAAGUUAGAGAGUCAAGGAACGGUCCCAAGGGAGCUCCGUGGGCCCAGAAACUAGAUCUCGGAUGGACCAUCUCCAGACAGGUGUGCGUGGAUCGAAUCGGAAGACCCGUUCAUCUAUCGACCAAACGCACGGCUCUGAAUAUGGCGUCUAACGAACCCGUUCAAAUUCAGGCCAUUCACUGCCCCAACAUGUUCAAAGUAAAAGAAACCCUCACCCAAGAAAAGAAAAUAAAGGAGGACAUUUUCUACACAAGCCCUCUUGACAACGAAGUGGACAUGUCAAUAGAAGACAGAAGAUUCAUGUCAAUAAUGGAGACGGCAGCACGCAAAGACCAACUAGGAAAUUGGGAGCUUCCCCUCCCAUUCCGCAGCAGCAAUGUAUGUUUGCCCAACAACCGGGAACAAGCCAAAAACCGCCUCGCUGGGCUUCUAAAGUCACUCAGACGAAAGCCCAAGAUGCAGAGCGACUACCUUGGUUUCAUGGGCAAGAUACUGGCAAAAGGUCACGCAGUUGAGCUUCCUGCCUCACGGGCCGAGYGUCGCGACGACGACGGUCACGUGUGGUACCUUCCACACUUCGGGGUGUAUCACCCCAAAAAGCCCGAUAAAAUCCGGGUAGUCUUCGACUCCUCGGCGGAAUUCCAAGGCGUGUCGCUAAACAAACAGCUGCUAACCGGCCCCGACCUUGCCAACGGUCUGUAUGGAGUACUUCUUCGGUUCCGCGAGCACGCCACUGCUGCCAUGUGCGACAUCGAGCAGAUGUUCCACUCCUUCAAAGUGGAACCAAAGCACAGAGACUUCCUGCGCUUCUUGUGGUACAAGAAMAACGACCCAGACAAGGAAAUAAUCGAAUACCACAUGACUGUGCAUCUUUUUGGCAACGGGCCAAGUCCUGCGAUUGCGACCUACGGCCUACGGAAAACAGCAGACGAUGGAGUGGAAAUUCACGGCGAGGAGGCUAGAGCCUUCAUUCACGAAAAUUUCUAUGUGGAUGAUGGUCUUGUAUCGCGAGAGAAGCCCGAAGAUGUCAUCAAGCUGAUCAAAGCAGCUCAAGGAUCUCUUAUGACGGCCAACAUAAGGCUGCACAAGGUCAUCUCAAACUCAACGGAAGUAAUGAAGGCAUUUCCCGCAGACGACAGAGCCUCCAGUGUACAAGAUCUUGAUCUCAGCCAUGAUGUCCUCCCAGCACAACGCUCCCUCGGAGUCAUCUGGAACCUAAAGAACGACUCAUUUGCAUUCAAGGUUCAAACCGAAGAGAAGCCAUUCACUCGUCGAGGCGUCUUGUCAGUCGUUAACUCCAUUUACGACCCAAUCGGCCUAGCAGUACCUGUCACUCUUAAAGGGAAGCUACUUCUCCAAAGACUUGUAUCUCUUGGAAAGGAAAAGAACGGGAAAGCUUUGGGCUGGGACGAUCCCCUUCCAGACGAUCUGGCUCUUACAUGGCAACAAUGGAGAUCAUCUCUUCCAAAUCUUGAGGAGGUCGAAGUACCCAGGUGUCAUCACAGCAUUGGUUUCGGCAAUACGACCAGAGYCGAAGUACACGCAUUCUCAGAUGCGAGCCAGGAGGCUGUGGGAGCAGUUGUUUUCCUGCGACUUCUAAACGGAAGAGGAGAGGUCAGCGUGUCUUUACUGUAMGGCCAGUCUAAGGUAGCUAGCAAAGUAACCAGCAUCCCACGAUUGGAGUUAUGCGCCGCCGUUAUGGCCACACAAGCCGUCCGCAAAAUCUUGAAAGAGAUUCGUCUGAAGAUCGACGAAGUAGCCUACUACACGGACUCGAAG